UCCUUUAUAAAUAAACCUCUCACUUCUCCUAUCUCCUCCUCUCUCUCUCCCUAUCACUCUCUCUCCCUUCCCCCUCCAUCUCUUCUUCCCCGCCAGCACUAGUCACCGCUUACUGCUUGUCGACAAUAUCAGUGCUAUCCUGCUCUUGUUUAUUACCUGGUCUUGUUUGCUGCUCCUGUUGCCAUGCCUCUUUCUAGCUCCACCAGCUUAACAUCACUACCCAAGAUGAUGGCCCUCACCCCCUAUGGCUCUAACGGGUCCACCGACCUCACCAUGGCCGUCCUUGGCUGCGGUACCAUGGGCGUUGCCAUUCUCAGCGGCAUCCUGACGUCGCUCUCCGAGAUGCAGGGCCCCAAGCCCCUGCAAAUGCCCAGGUCCGGUGCCUCAACCCCCAUGGAGGAGGUGCCCCAGCGACUUCCCUCACGCUUCAUUGCUUGUGUCAACACUGCUGCUGGCGCCAAGAGGGUCAAGGGAACUCUGUGGGAGCACUCGUCCGUCCUCAAGGUUGUGCACAAUGAGAACCUGGCUGCCGUCCAGCAGGCCGAGGUUGUCCUGCUGUCCUGCAAGGCUGGCUCCGUCAAGGAGAUCCUCAGCGAACCUGGUAUCGCCAAGGCCCUCCACGGCAAGCUUCUGAUCAGCGUCGCCGCUGGUGUGACUGUCGAGGAUGUCGAGAUUGCCCUCCACGGCGCCGUCCCCUCCAAGGAUCCCGCCGAGGACGGUCGAUGCCGCAUUGUCCGCGCCAUGUGCAACACUGCUGCCGUGAUCCGCGAGUCCAUGACUGUCGUCGCUACUACCAACCCUCCCCUGGAUUGCGCCACCGAGGGCCUCGUCACCUGGAUCUUCAAGCGCAUCGGCGACGUUACCUACCUCCCAGCCUCCAACAUGGAUGCCUCAACCGCCCUCUGUGCCUCGGGCCCGGCCUUUUUCGCCCUGGUCCUCGAGGCCUCUAUUGAUGGUGCCGUGGCAAUGGGUAUUCCUCGCCACGAGGCUCAGCGCAUGGCCGUGCAGACCAUGAGAGGCAUGACUGGCCUGGUCCAGAACGGCGAGCACCCUGCUCUCCUCCGGGAAAAGACCUGCACCUCAGGCGGCUGCACCAUUGGUGGUGUUUUGGUUCUGGAAGAGGGACGAGUCCGAGGAACUGUUGCUAGGGCGGUGCGGGAAGCCGCUGUUGUGGCAAGCCAGCUGGGCAAAGGAGUUGAGCAGGUGAAUGGCACGAGGUUCACAACCCAGAACAUGCAAUGAAUCAACGACGACCAGGAAGAUGAGAUAGCACCGGCCAACCAGACUCAACCGGGACCAGUGAUUGAGUCUCAACCAGAGCUGGACGGGUCCGAUUCUGAACCAGCCGAGGAACCCCAUCCAAAUUCGGUUGUAGAGUCGGAACCCAGGUCGGGUGACGGGUCUCGACAGGGUACUGGCCUUCUUUCAUUCAGCGCCUCCUUCUUCG